UGGCAUCCUUUUAGGGUGGGGCGGGGAGGGCCCUGGCUUUUGAGGAGUGGACCGGGAGGAGGACCGGAGCAGGGGAUAGGACUCCGUGGGGGACUCGGUGAGAGACUAUGGGGAAAGACCAGGAGCUGCUGGAAGCUGCUCGCACUGGCAAUGUGGCUCUGGUGGAGAAACUCCUCUCUGGAAGGAAAGGAGGGAUCCUGGGCGGUGGAUCCGGACCUCUGCCCCUGUCUAAUCUGCUAAGCAUCUGGCGAGGCCCCAACGUGAACUGCACAGACAGUUCGGGUUACACCGCCUUACACCACGCGGCCUUAAACGGACAUAAGGACAUAGUUCUCAAACUCCUUCAGUAUGAGGCAUCAACCAAUGUAGCAGACAACAAAGGGUACUUCCCCAUCCAUCUGGCUGCCUGGAAAGGAGAUGUGGACAUUGUGAAGAUUCUCAUUCACCACGGACCUUCACAUUCCAGAGUCAAUGAACAGAACAACGAGAAUGAGACCGCCUUACACUGUGCAGCUCAGUAUGGACACUCCGAAGUGGUUGCCGUCCUCCUGGAAGAGCUCACGGACCCUACGAUUAGGAACAGCAAACUCGAAACCCCGCUGGACUUGGCAGCGCUCUACGGACGGCUGAGAGUCGUGAAGAUGAUCAUCAGCGCCCAUCCGAACCUAAUGAGCUGUAACACGCGGAAGCACACGCCGCUUCACCUCGCGGCCCGCAAUGGCCACAAAGCGGUUGUGCAGGUUCUGCUGGAGGCGGGCAUGGAUGUGAGCUGUCAAACAGAAAAGGGGAGUGCUCUUCAUGAAGCGGCCUUGUUUGGGAAGGUGGAUGUGGUGCGAGUUCUGUUAGAAACAGGAAUUGAUGCCAACAUAAAGGACAGUUUAGGUAGAACCGUCUUAGACAUUCUGAAAGAGCACCCGUCUCAGAAGUCUCUCCAGAUUGCAACUCUCUUGCAAGAGUAUUUGGAAGGCACAGGGAGGCCGGCAGCUCUGGAAGAGCAUGCGCAGGAAGAUACAACCCCAGAAGCACACCGUUCAUCCCCUGCAGAGUCUCCGUCCCAAAAGACUAAAAGUGAAACUGUCACUGGAGAGCUAUCAAAACUCUUGGAUGAAAUAAAGCUCUGCCAAGAAAAGGACUAUUCCUUUGAAGACUUGUGUCACACUCUGUCAGACCACUACUUAGAUAAUUUGAGCAAGAUUUCAGAGGAAGAACUUGGGAAAAAUGGAAGCCAGAGUGUAAGAACUUCAUCUACAAUAAAUUUGUCACCAGGAGAAGUGGAAGAAGAGGAUGAGGAUCCAAACCCUUGUGGGCCCACAGGACUUUGGGAAGCACUGACUCCUUGCAACGGAUGUAGGAACCUUGGCUUUCCCAUGCUUGCCCAGGAAUCUUACCCAAAGAAGAGGAAUUACACCAUGGAAAUCGUACCAUCUGCUUCUUUGGACACAUUCCCUUCGGAAAACGAGAACUUUCUUUGUGAUCUCGCGGACUCAGCUGUUACAAAGAAACCUUGCUCCUUAGAAAUCGCAAGGGCACCUUCUCCGAGAACUGAUAAUACCUCUGAGGUAGCAACAACUGCCCCAGGAAGUAGUCACCACAGAAACAGCUCUACAGGCCCAACACCUGACUGCUCACCUCCAUCCCCUGACACUGCCCUGAAAAAUAUCGUAAAAGUCAUCCGACCACAGCCAAAACAACGAACAUCUAUUGUGUCUUCUCUGGAUUUCCAGCGAAUGAAUCAUAACCAAGAAUACUUUGAAAUCAGCACAUCUACAGGGUGUACCAGCUUUACUUCUAGCCCUCCAGCGAGCCCACCCUCCUCUUCUGUGGAAACCACAGAAGUCAAAAACGAGGAAGCUGAACCCACAGAUGACAACUCUCAACAGGAAGACAAUGACCCCCCAAAAGAAUAUGACGCUGGGCAAUUUGCAGGCCUUCUCCAUGGAUCCUCUCCAGCCUGUGAGUCCCCUGAAAAUCCAUUUCAUCUGUAUGGGAAAAGAAAUCCAUGUGAAGUUGGACAAGAUGAAGCCAGGCUGGCAAACAGUCCUUUGCCUUUCAAACAGACUCCGAUAGAAAAGAACUCAGAGCCUUUGGUAAAGAAAAUUAAACCCAAAGUGGUCAGUAGAACAAUUUUCCACAAAAGAAGCCACCAACUUGAGAACCAUACCAUCGUUGGCACAAGAACGUCCAGGAGUGGGUCCCGCAGCGGCGACCAGUGGUGCGUGAAUGCAGGGGGCUUUGUGGAGAGAGCGUGUACUCUAGGGAGAAUAAGGUCAUUGCCUAAAGCCCUGAUCGACAUGCAUUUAUCCAAAAACGUCUCUAAGUCCGAUUCUGAUCUUAUUGCCUACCCUUCAAAGGACAAAGCAAGAGUUAACUGGAGCGAAUCAUCAACUGCUGAACGCAGUUCUAAAGAUAAUUCUGAAAGAACACCUUCCUUCACAUCUGAAUGGGAAGAAAUCGACAAAAUAAUGAAUUCUCUUGAUGUUGGAAUCAACAGUGAACUUGAAGAGAUGAAUGGUGAGAGCACAAGACCCAGAUGCCCUGUCCAAACAGUGGGACAAUGGUUGGAAAGCAUUGGGCUACCUCAGUACGAGAACCACCUGAUGGCUAAUGGAUUUGACAGUGUGCAGUUUAUGGGAAGCAAUGUUAUGGAAGAUCAGGACUUGUUGGAAAUUGGAAUCCUUAAUUCUGGACACAGACAGAGAAUUCUGCAGGCAAUCCAGCUCCUGCCAAAGAUGAGGCCCAUUGGGCAUGACGGCUACCAUCCCACCUCUGUAGCUGAGUGGUUGGAUUCCAUUGAGCUGGGUGACUACACCAAAGCCUUUCUCAUCAAUGGCUACACAUCGAUGGACCUGCUGAAAAAAAUCUGGGAGGUUGAGCUUAUUAACGUUUUAAAAAUCAGUUUGAUUGGCCACAGGAAACGCAUUUUGGCAUCUCUGGGAGACAGACUGCACGAGGACCCUCCACAGAAACCCCCUCGGUCCAUCACCCUCAGGGAACCCAGUGGUAAUCACACUCCUCCUCAGUUGUCUCCAUCACUUAGCCAAAGCACUUACACCACUGGUGGCUCCCUAGACGUUCCUCACAUUAUCAUGCAGGGCGAUGCAAGGAGGAGAAGAAAUGAAAACUACUUUGAUGAUAUUCCCCGAUCGAAGCUGGAGAGGCAGAUGGCUCAGCAGUCGUCUGUCUGUGAAAUUUGGACCAAUCAGAAUGCUGGAUUUCCUUUCUCAGCGAUCCAUCAGGCUCAUAAUACAGGGGACUGGGGCGAACCUUCCAUCACCUUGCGACCUCCUAAUGAAGCCACGGCCUCCACCCCAGUCCAAUACUGGCAGCACCACCCAGAGAAGCUCAUCUUCCAGUCAUGUGACUACAAAGCUUUUUAUUUAGGUUCUAUGCUGAUAAAAGAGCUGAGGGGGACAGAGUCAACACAAGACGCCUGUGCAAAGAUGCGGGCUAACUGUCAGAAGUCUACGGAGCAAAUGAAGAAAGUCCCCACUAUUAUUCUUUCAGUCUCAUAUAAAGGAGUCAAAUUUAUUGAUGCAACAAAUAAGAACAUAAUCGCCGAACAUGAAAUUCGUAAUAUCUCCUGUGCUGCCCAGGACCCAGAAGACCUCUCAACAUUUGCUUAUAUCACAAAAGAUUUGAAGUCCAACCACCACUACUGUCACGUGUUUACUGCCUUCGAUGUGAAUUUAGCCUAUGAAAUCAUCCUGACACUGGGGCAGGCGUUUGAGGUCGCUUACCAGCUAGCUCUACAAGCAAGAAAAGGAGGGCACUCCUCUACGCUUCCAGAAAGCUUUGAAAACAAGCCCUCCAAACCCAUCCCAAAGCCCCGCGUUAGCAUUCGCAAGUCAGUGCAGAUCGACCCUUCUGAGCAAAAGACUCUGGCCAAUCUGCCGUGGAUUGUGGAGCCGGGGCAAGAAGCCAAGAGGGGCAUUAAUACCAAGUAUGAAACCACGAUUUUCUGAUACUCGCCGCCCCGUCCUCGCGGUGCCUUGCUCGCCAAGCAGUCCCCGCAGCAGGCUUACCUUCGCGCCUCCGUGUCCACCCGCCCGGGAGGAAGACUGCUCAGCUCGCGUGGCCUCGUCACGGGCGGAAGACCGCCGGCCAUCCCUAGGGAACUUUCUGCCAGCGAGACUAUGCCGCCCCUUAGAGGCGCGAGGGGGGAUCCGCGAGGCGCCCCAACUCCGCUACCACCGCCUCCGAGGUACCGCUCAACUGCCCCGUACUUGCUUUUGCUUUAGUUGGGGAGGGUACCUUUUUAAAAGUGAGGCGUUGGGGGGUGGGGGUCUCCAGUACUGCCUAA